AUGGUUGGCUCUAGCUCAUAUUUGGGCGCUGCCUUUCUGUCCCUCCUUGCCUUGAACGGCUCAGGAGCCCUGGCACACCGCUGGUUCAAUUGGCAAUUCGAUAUUACAUGCGAGGCCACAGGCUACUUUGUGCCUGACAAUGAAGCGGACCUUGUUGAAUUUGUUAGAACCCAAUACCCGCAAAAGACCAUGCUCAAGCCAGUUGGAAAUGGCCAUGGUUUCGGCAACCUCACAACAUGUGUCAAUGACGGAGAGACUGAGCGAGACUCUUACAUUCUCAGUCUGACGAAUCUGAAGCAUCUGGAAACCUUUGAGAACAACACCGUCACUUUUGGUGGCGGCUGGGAUCUGAUUGAUCUCAUCCCGACUCUCGAGGAAAAUGGCCUCCAGGUGGCCAACCUCGGUAGCGAGAUGGUGCAGAACUACAUUGGUGCUGCAACUACUGGUACCCACGGCACUGGCAAGCAGCAUCAGAACCUUGCCAACCAGAUCAUCGGCCUGCGCGUGCUGGAUGCGAAGGGAGAUAUUCAUGUCAUCUCCCAGGAGCAUACCCCCGAUCUGCUGAAGGCCUACAGAAUUGGCAUCGGAGCUCUGGGCAUCGUCGUCGAGGUCACUCUCCAGGCAGAACCCUUAUCAUUCCUGAAGCGGACUACCAAGAUUGUCGAGGGGCCUGAAGACAUCACCGAACUUUACGAGACGAUUGCAGAGUAUGCCGACAAGUAUGAGCAGGUCAACAUCAUCGGUCCCAACCUGGACUGGAAUGUCACCACCGAGGAGCUUGUGCCUCGGACCAGUCUGACUCUAGUAUACUGGGAGGAGACCGACUACAAGGGUGCCCCAAACUGCUCUGUGGACUUCUGCGCCAAUGACUGUGGCCGCUGUGACCGCGACUAUAUCUGCUACGACUACAACAACUAUGCCAUCGCCACUCCCCCGGCUGGUAUCUGCUACCGUGGGUUUAUGGGCCAAUUCGAGCACUUCUUCCCCAUGGAGAACUUGGCCGAAGCUGGCAAGGAUUACUUCAACUACGCCCUGUCCCAGUCUGAUCGCAUGAAGCCUUACCAACUUGAUAACCCUAUCGAGGAAGGCCUGCACGGGGGUUAUUUGAGUGACGAUGUUACGGUCAUCACCCGGUUCAUCAAGGGUGACGAUAACUGGUUAUCUCCGGUUAACAAGGACAACCUGCCGGCUAAUGCAAGUGGUAUUUUUGCCACACUGGAGUACUCCUGGAUCCCGAGCUACAACAAUUACACCCUCCAGUGGUUCUACCAAGACCUUUUAGAAGAGUUCAUUCCCAUGUUCGGUGAAAAAUACAAUGUCCGCCCUCAUUGGAAUAAGAUGUUGUUCAACAACGAGACUUACGCUUCAACCAUCUACCCGAAGAUCAACAGCUGGCUCGAUAUUCAGGAGCAGAUGGACCCGCACUGCCAGUUUGUUAAUGAGUUCCUGGCUGAGUCCCUUGGAAUUGAGCGAUGCAUGUCCCUCUUCCAAUAG